UUCCAGCCGGGUAAGCAACAUAACCUAACAAAGUGAAAGUUGGCACAGUAAACAAAGGGAGAGUUAGAGGAAUUUAAUUGAUUUCUACGGAUUAAAGGACGCUAAUUAUCCCAAAGACCAUGUCAGACGAGGAAGUCAUCAAGAGGCGUCUCUUGAUUGACGGAGACGGAACCGGAGAUGAUCGUCGACUCAACGUUCUUCUUAAGACUUUUAUCAAAUGGUGCAACACAACAGACACUCCCGAGAACACAGCUGCCACUUACGACAGGAUGCAGGCUCAGCUGGCACAAUGUGAAUUCGCCGUGACCAAAUCUGACUUUGCCAUGAGGAUGAUGCAGCAGGAGCUGAAGAACUACGAAUCCAUCUCACAGACCAUUGAGAAGGGCAUUGAAUUGGCCAAGGUACAGAUUGAGCACAGCAAGGAGAACCUCGUGCUGGCCAAGAAGAUCCGGAAGAACCGAAUGGAGUACGAUGUGCUGUCAAAAGUGAUCAAUCAGCAGCCGGACAGACGAAAGACACUGCAGCAAUUGGAUGUUGUCAAGGAAGAGUUGAAUCAACUUCAGGAAACCCGAGGACAUCUCCAGCGAAAACUGGCCAAUCGCCGAAAGGAAUUCCUUGUCCUCAUGCGAUCUAUCAAGGAGCUUCAGGGAACACUUCUGGAAGAUGAAGACGCGUCCGACGAUGAAGAUAAUGACAUUGACAUGUCACCAAAAUACAGCCCAAACAGCCCUAUGUACAAACCAUACUCACCAGUCUUUUCUGGAAGCUCAAUUUAACUUUUAUUGUGACGCAAUUUUUCAUAAACAAUAAAACUUUUCCUUUUCUACGAAAUUUUCAA